GCGUGUUAAUGUAACCGGCGCGAGAGGCGCGGGCGGCGGUGGCUGCGGGAGCAGCGGCGGCGGCGGGUACCCGGUGCCCCGUAUCCCCGAGGCAGUCGACUGCGCCACCCCCACCCGCUCACGGCCGGGUGGAACCGGCGCCAGAAACGAAGACCUCCGCGGGCCCACGGCGACUUAACCACUGCCGCGACUACUCCGGACUCGUCCGCGGAGUUUGCCUGCCGCGUAGGGAGACCGAGUGCGGAACGCACGCCUGUUCUUUGCCCCACCAUCUCGUGGAUGUCGUCCCCUGUGUCGUGAGAGAACUUUGCAGCGGGCUGGAACACCCUUUGCGGACAGGCAGACGAAGGGAAGAAAGAGGGCCGAGGAAAGAAGGGCUUGGAGGAAGGGUCCCGAGCGGCUGGGUCGGCAGUGUGGGGAGAGUGCGCGCGGGGUGCGGCGCCCAGGUGCCCCCUGGGCUCCAGGAGCAGCGGGUCCCUGCCGUACUGUUCGCCGAGUAGCCCGGUCGGGCCAGGAGAAUUUGUGCAACCGCGGAGAACACCAAGUGCCAGUCUCACGGGGCGUGCCAGGCCGCCUCCCGGCGCGCCCUCCGCACUUUCACUGCCUGAUCGUCAUCUCGAGCUCUUCUGCUCGGGUUGAGGCUGUGAAGCCGCCGCCGCGUCCCGGACCUCGCUCCGCACUGCCUCCCAGGUGCCAGCCAGCGCCCGGCCGAAGGCGCUGCACGGACCUGCUGGGGUCUCCCUGAAGAUCGCCAGGUGUGUGCGGGGUUAGUCAGGGGCUCCAUACCACCUGCACCUCGUCCGCGGCCGGCGCCCAGGGAAAAACCCGGAGAGGAGGAGGACCGGGAGAAGAGCAAAGGAAACCAGCCCGCCUGGAUUUGUUUGCCUGGGACCGGCGCCGCGCUCGCAGUUUGCCGAGGGGAGCGCGGCCGGAGUCACCACGCCCCCGCCUCCCUGUCCGGGCGGCCGAGGCCCCCGGGUUGGAGCGCAGCCCCACGCCCUCUUCCCGGGCGCCGUCGUCGUCGCGUAGGUUCUCGGUGCAGCCGGGCCCGGGGUGCCCCGCGAUGUGGCCCUGAGCUCGGGAUACCGCACCGGCGGGAACGGGAGCAGCCGGGCGCCGAGUGGCCAGUGCGCCCCGCCAAGCGCGACCCCCGUGCUCCCGGCUUCUGCUUGGUUCCCCGGCUUAAUUUUCCUUGGCGGGAUUAAAGUUGGAAAUAGAGCGGAGAAUUGAGUUGCCCGGGAGCAGAGCCGCGGCCGCCGCCAGAGCGAUGUUCCCGCAGAGCCGGCACCCGACGCCCCAUCAGGCUGCAGGCCAGCCCUUCAAGUUCACUAUCCCGGAGUCCCUGGACCGGAUUAAAGAGGAAUUCCAGUUCCUGCAGGCGCAGUAUCACAGCCUUAAAUUGGAAUGUGAGAAACUGGCAAGUGAAAAGACAGAAAUGCAGAGACACUAUGUGAUGUAUUAUGAAAUGUCAUAUGGAUUAAACAUAGAGAUGCAUAAACAGACUGAAAUCGCAAAGAGAUUGAAUACAAUUUGUGCCCAAGUCAUCCCAUUUCUGUCUCAGGAACACCAACAACAAGUGGCCCAGGCUGUCGAACGUGCCAAGCAGGUGACCAUGGCAGAGUUGAAUGCCAUCAUCGGGGUACGUGGCCUACCAGGUCUACCUCCUACACAGCAGCAGUUGCAAGCACAGCAUCUUUCUCAUGGCCACGGACCCCCAGUGCCCCUCACGCCUCACCCUUCAGGACUUCAGCCUCCUGGAAUCCCGCCUCUCGGGGGCAGCGCUGGCCUUCUGGCGCUGUCUAGUGCUCUGAGUGGGCAGGCUCACUUGGCAAUAAAAGAUGACAAGAAGCACCACGAUGCAGAGCACCACAGAGACAGAGAACCGGGCACAAGUAAUUCCCUCUUGGUCCCAGACAGUCUAAGGGGCACAGAUAAACGCAGAAAUGGGCCUGAAUUUUCCAAUGACAUAAAAAAACGAAAGGUGGACGAUAAGGACUCCAGCCACUAUGACAGUGAUGGUGACAAAAGUGACGACAACUUAGUUGUGGAUGUGUCUAAUGAGGACCCUUCUUCUCCGAGAGCAAGCCCCACCCAGUCACCCAGGGAAAAUGGGGUCGACAAAAUCCGCCUGCUAAAGAAAGAUGCUUCCAGCAGCCCAGCGUCCACGGCCUCCUCUGGAAGCUCCACUUCUCUGAAAUCCAAAGAGAUGAGCUUGCAUGAGAAAGCCAGCACGCCUGUUCUGAAAUCCAGCACACCGACGCCGAGGAGCGACAUGCCGACGCCGGGCACCAGCGCCACUCCAGGGCUCCGUCCAGGCCUCGGCAAGCCUCCAGCCAUGGACCCCCUUGUUAACCAAGCAGCAGCGGGUCUGAGGACUCCCCUGGCGGUGCCUGGCCCGUACCCCACCCCGUUUGGGAUGGUGCCCCACGCGGGCAUGAAUGGCGAGCUGACCAGCCCCGGCGCCGCCUAUGCCGGCCUGCACAACAUGUCCCCGCAGAUGAGUGCAGCUGCCGCUGCCGCCGUGGUGGCCUACGGGCGCUCCCCAAUGGUUGGGUUUGAUCCUCCGCCUCACAUGCGAGUACCUACAAUCCCUCCAAACCUGGCAGGAAUCCCUGGGGGGAAACCAGCCUACUCCUUCCACGUCACUGCAGACGGUCAGAUGCAGCCUGUCCCCUUCCCCCCCGACGCUCUCAUCGGACCCGGAAUCCCCCGACACGCGCGCCAGAUCAACACGCUGAACCACGGGGAGGUGGUGUGUGCCGUGACCAUCAGCAACCCCACCAGACACGUGUACACGGGCGGGAAGGGCUGCGUCAAGGUCUGGGACAUCAGCCACCCCGGCAAUAAGAGCCCCGUCUCUCAGCUGGACUGUCUGAAUAGAGAUAACUACAUCCGUUCCUGCAAACUGCUCCCUGACGGCUGCACUCUCAUAGUGGGAGGGGAGGCCAGUACUCUGUCCAUUUGGGACCUGGCGGCCCCCACCCCGCGCAUCAAGGCAGAGCUGACGUCCUCGGCCCCUGCCUGCUACGCCCUGGCCAUCAGCCCCGACUCCAAGGUCUGCUUCUCAUGCUGCAGCGACGGCAACAUCGCUGUGUGGGACCUGCACAACCAGACGCUGGUGAGGCAAUUCCAGGGCCACACAGAUGGGGCCAGCUGUAUUGACAUUUCUAAUGAUGGCACCAAGCUCUGGACGGGCGGCUUGGACAACACGGUCAGAUCCUGGGACCUGCGUGAAGGGCGACAGCUGCAGCAGCAUGACUUUACCUCACAGAUAUUCUCCCUUGGAUACUGCCCCACUGGGGAGUGGCUGGCCGUGGGCAUGGAGAGCAGCAACGUGGAAGUCCUUCACGUGAACAAGCCUGACAAGUACCAGCUGCAUCUCCACGAGAGCUGCGUUCUGUCCCUAAAAUUUGCUUAUUGUGGUAAAUGGUUUGUGAGUACUGGAAAAGAUAACCUCCUCAAUGCUUGGCGGACCCCAUAUGGAGCUAGUAUAUUCCAGUCCAAAGAGUCCUCAUCUGUGCUUAGCUGUGACAUCUCUGUGGAUGAUAAAUACAUAGUCACUGGCUCAGGAGACAAGAAGGCUACAGUCUACGAAGUCAUCUACUGAGAAAACAUGAUGUGGUUUAACAUUUAUAGUUGAAUUGGGCCAAAAUGUUUUGAAUUUGUAGAAAUAGAAAAGUUGUAAUUUUAACAGAGAAAAAAAAAAAGACAUGAAAACUGUUUCAAACCUUGACACAAAACCUACUUUGAGUCAAAGAGGAGGCGACAAGUCCAUCAACACAAGGUCACCUGCCUACUUAGGCCAAAUGGAGCACCGAGGCAAGGUGGACAGAGGGGCCAGCAGUCUUGGCUCAAGGACCGGAGCCCGGUGACCCGGGAAGGAGCCUGUUCUUCCCUUCCGUGUGAUCCGUGGGAUUGCCUUUCUGUUCCUUGCAGUUCCUCUCACGUUCCGUCCUUGGUAGAAAAGUGGUGUCUCCAAUGAACUUGUUUCCUGGUUUUGCAUCUUGUGAAAUGUUUUUUUUUUUGUAUUUUUGUUGAAGGUUAAACAUUUGUAUAAAUUGUAAAUAUAUUUGGUUUAUUACAGUAAAGGCUUUAGUACCAAUAA